UCAAUUUCCAAAAGCAAAUAUGAUAAACGCAAUCAGAUUCGGCCGUACUCCACCGCCGAUUGUGCUCACAUCACCUCUUCCGCCGAAGCUUCGCCGUAUAAGCUCGCCUGAACUUCCAUCCCGUCAAGCGAUUAGUUUUGCCACUGCACCUGAUCGGAAUCCAAAGUGCGAAGAAAUGGAUGACUCUCAGAACAAAACCAAGGAGACUGGAGAUAUAAUGUGUGAUUCAUUCGGAGAAGGGUAUGCGACCCGAAGCGAGGAAGAAGGAUUUGGAGGAACUUAUGGAGGGAAAUAUCAGUCAAUUGACGAUGACGAACACAUGAAUAAAAAACCAGUCAAUCAACAUGAAUAUGAUAAAAGCCAGGGGAGCGAAGUGAAAGAGAAGGAGAAGUCACGCCAUCAAGCUCAUGCAAAUUGAACUGCUCUACAAUAUAUUGCUGUUUGUUGGGUUGGUAGCUCAAUGUCGUCGAGUGUUUGGUUUCUCAUCUUUUUGUUGGAUAUAUCGUUUUCUGGGAAUUUAGGUUCGUUAUUUGUCACUAUUUAGUUCACGUGGUAACUAAAGAUGGUCUCACUUUCACCUGUUGUAUAUUAUUGGGUAUUUUCUUCAUAUAGUGAGGAUGUAUCCUUUUCAUGGUAAUUUUGACAUUUGCAUCAUAUGAAUAUAUGAGAAACAACGUUCAAUCACAA